AGCAGCGGCGUCUGAGCCUGAGCCUCUCUCUUCCCGACUUCCCGUUCGCCCUCGCUUCGCUUGCUUCCUUUUAUUCCCUUGCUUGCUUCCUGAUUGGCGGUUUGGUGUUGGUUGGCCCUCUUUUCGCCUCUGCGGCUCUGCCUCGGGUUUGAUGCGGCCGCCGCCUCGUGACCUCGUUUCCAUUUUUGGGCGGCAGGGCCGGGCGGGGUUCCGAUAAGGCGGCCUCCAAUUUCGACGGAGCGAGCCGUUGCUGGGAGGGAGCUUGUAGUGCUAGUGGGUUGGGGAAUUCUGGUUGGAUCGGGGGGAGAUGGGUCGUGCUCAUCGGAGCUGAGCAGCAGGAUUGAUUUCGAGUAGGACUGAUGGGGUGUGUGAUUAUUUCUGAUGUAGGAUUGAUUUCUGCGGCAAGGCCUGCAGCUUGGUUUCGUUGGUCGAGUAGAGGGAGAUUCUCGUGUUCUUCAGCCCCUGCUUGUCACAUGGUGUUUGGUUUUCCGAAUUUCCCUUCCGAUCGGCGUUUUGUUACCGACUGCGCUUUUAAAUGGUUCUGAGUGAUUUUGGUAGCUAGAGCUGAAACUCGAGUCUCGCAGCGAAACCUUGCUCUAUUCGUUGUUGAAUUGGCCCUGAUGUUUCGUGUCCAGUGUUCUUCUGCUCCGUGAUUCGUGACUAUCCAGCGAGCAUGUGUUCUGCGAUAGAUUCAGAGCGUCGCGGAGUUUUCCGUGCCGCCGAUCAGAGUCGGGAUCGCGACCCUGUUUUGCACCCGAGCAUAUCCUGCUUUUCAUUGUCGAUCCUCGUUUGUGACGUACUGCCACUGUUCAGCUCGGUUUGACUUUUCCAUCACUCGUCUUCCUGAUGCCACUGAAACAGCGACGGCCACGGCCUGAGCGGCGCUGCCAAGAGGGCGGCGGCGAGCGUGAGCAGCAUGGAGUCGCGGCCAGGCGGGACGAACCUGGUGGAGCCCAGAGGGCAGGGCGCCGCCGCGCUGCCGUCCGGUGGCCCUGCCGUGCAGCCGUGGUGGACGAGCUCCGGGGCCGUGCUCGGUGCAGUGUCGCCAGCCGUUGUGGCGCCCGGGAGUGGGGUGGGGAUUGGCCUGUCGAGCAGCCCGGCAGGUGGUAGUGGUGGUGGCGGCACGGCUAAAGGAGCCGCGAGUGACGAGAGCAGCGAGGAUUCACGGAGAUCUGGGGAACCAAGAGAUGGAAGCUCUGGUCAAGAAAAGAACCAUGCCACAUCGCAGAUACCUGCUUUGGUGCCAGAGUAUUUGGCACCAUACUCACAGCUGGAACUGAACCAAUCAAUUGCUUCUGCAGCAUAUCAGUACCCAGAUCCUUACUACUCAGGCAUGGUUGCUCCCUAUGGAAGUCAAGCUGUGGCUCAUUUUCAGCUACCUGGACUAACCCAAUCUCGAAUGCCAUUACCUCUUGAAGUAUCCGAGGAGCCUGUUUAUGUAAAUGCCAAGCAGUACCAUGGUAUUUUAAGACGACGGCAGUCACGUGCCAAGGCUGAACUUGAGAAAAAGGUGGUCAAAGCCAGAAAGCCAUACCUUCAUGAGUCUCGUCAUCAGCACGCGAUGAGGAGGGCAAGAGGAAAUGGGGGACGCUUCCUAAACACAAAGAAAAGUGACAAUGGUACUCCCAAUGGUAGAGCUGAGCCUAAGAAAGGAGAUGGUAACUCCGAGCAUCUCCAUGUCCCUCCUGACUUACUACAGCUACGACAGAACGGGGCUUGAAGUAGCGUUCUGGCUCUGGCAUCCUAGAACAGCAGUUUCUGCCCACAGGCAUAGGCAUUUGAAACCGGACUCGUAGCUCCACAGUAUGCGCAGCCAUAUCUGCGGUAACGCUCGUUCACCUGAAUGAGCUUUGUACCGAGGUAGGCAUGCAAUGCAAUCUGGGCGCAGGAGUCCAUCAGGUGUCCAAUGCCAUAUGGGUGUAUGCUGUUUCAGGCAAUUCAUUCUUGGCUUUCACGUUCCACCACCCAUGUGUAGCGCUAGUGUGUUGUAAGUGAAACUAAGCUUGUGCUCUGUAUUGGGCCGUUCGGCGAAACUGUGAAACAUCUGUAUAAUUAAGAUCGAACUCUGGAUUAACUCGGUAGUGCUUUGUCUGGUUUUUCUUUUAGCUUUUGAACUGUAACACGGCCACAGCUGAACUCAUGUUGGCUUUGUUCGUUGCUCAGCAACGUCGGUCUUGUACUCUUGUACUGAGUAUUCAUGUGCUUGCAUAUCUUUUGGUGCCUUGGUGCCGAUAUUUGUUCA